AUGAUGAAUGCAGUGCAGGAGAUGAAGGAAUUCAUGGGAGAGGGAGCAAUAGGAGGUAGGCCUACUGGGUCUUUUGACGGGCCAGGAGCAAUUAAGGAAGUGAAAGAACAAGUGGAUGAGAGUACAAGACAUGAAGGUGAUUUGGUUGUGAUAAGAAAAGGAAAGAAGGGGAAGAAACAGGAUAAGGAUAAACCUGAGGACAAAAAUAAGAAGGGGGCUGAGAAAAAGAAGAAGACUGAGGGAAAUAAGGUUAGUAAGGAUGACGGACAGGAUGAGACUAGGAUUGAAUACAUUGGUGAAAUGGCUGAGAGUGAUUUAGAUAGCGGUGAGUGGAAACAAGCAGGUAAAAAGAAGAAGGGUAAGGAGAGUGUAAUCAAGAGCAUGGAUGUUAGUAGGGAAGUUGAUUUGUUGUAUUCAGAAGAGGUUAAGAGGGAUCAGAAUGGAAGUAGUGAAAGUGAGAAUGAGCAGGAAGUAAAGGAAGUAGAUAUGGGUAACGGAAUACAUAGAAAGAGGGGCAGAAAAAUAGCUAGGAUUCAAGAUAGUAAUGUAGCAAACUUUGAGGGUAUAAUUGAUAUUGCUAGGAGUGAGAAUGAUUUAUUGAGUGAGGAAGAGAUUGAGGAAAUGCAAGAUAAUCUGCUUGGAGACAAGUAUGUUGCGAAAUGUGUUUUGGGAGGAGUGCGUGUGGAAGAUUGA